AUGUCUUUGACAAACCUUGGCUUGAAUCUUGCUGCAAUGUCUUCUGUCGACACUUGGUUUCAUCUCAAGCGAGCCAUUCUUCGAAAUGCACUCAAUACCAAGAUCACCGGAGAUUCCUCGAUCCGACAAGAUGAUGUCGUGCUGUCGUACCCCUUCAAGCUCUUCCCAAGCGAUAAGCUUCUUACUUGGACUCCUCAAACCCUGGUUGAGAUCACAUCCUCUGAUGAUCAACUUCCAUUGGUCACUGAUAAUUCGGGAGAAAACUGUGAUACUGGAUUCAAUUCUUUAUACCGCGACCAUGGCACAGUUGAGAUCCAGCUUCUCAGAUCGCCGGCUAGCUUGGUAUCUUUGGACAGUUUAUCCUGCUACUCCUGCGAUUCACAAGAAGAAAUCAACAAUGAAUCUGAAAGCUCCUUCAAUUCUCUGUUCGAAGACGAUUCCAUCGAAAACCCUCUCAUCUAUCAAAAAGUCGACUCAGUAUCCACGCCUAAUCCCACGGAUAUUCUACUAGCUGAACGAAAGUCACUACUUGAACCAAUCUCGUUCAAAAAUCUUUCAUGGAAUGAGCAAAUCAAUCAUCUUGCUACUGAUGAAGAAUGGGACGACCAUAUUGAUGAAUUGGCAAAGGAGUUUGAAAAAGAAAUGGGAUUUGACUCCGAUAUUGAAUGCCUAUCAUUCGACCAAACCAUCACCAGGAUAUCAGCUGGGUUUGAUUGCGAAGAAGAAGAAGGCGAGGACGGAGAGUUCGAGGAUGUAUUAUUAUCACCAGUAUCUUCUGAAGCAGAGGAAGCCGAUCAAUCUUUUAAUUCUUUAUUUGACGGUGAAGAUAGCAUGAUGAAUGAGCUUGAAAUCUCUGUUGAGAAUCAAGAAACAAUCCAAGAAUCUGGCAAUGUGUUCAAACUGACUGAGGAAGAAAAACAAGAAUACCAGUUAUUAUCUCUACGUAGACACGCAAGAGCAAUUCGAAGAAACCCACACCUUUUUCAUCUUUUCCGUUAG